AGGGCAUGAAAUUAAUUCAGAGCAAAAUAGGGCAGCAACGGCAUAUAUACUCAGACAGCAACAACUAUGCAAUUUCUUAGAUGUUCCAACCCGCACCAUAGCUUUAGAAAUAUUGUUUGUCAUUUCUCUUAAUAAAAAGAAGAAACAUGCAUGCAGUUAACAAUCAACAAAGCAGCAACCAAACAGCCGAAAACUCUGAAGGCAGCCCGAGCUUGGGUGCUCCUUUUAUCGAAUCCCUAUCAGACUAUCCGUUUCAUAAACCUACGUCAUAACACGUUGUGUAUAAUUUUGUAUAGACAGCCUGAUGAAAUACAGAGCCUGGAUAGCCCCAACCACCUCACUCGUAUGCAUCAUAGAACAUGGAGGUCGAAAAGCAGUCAGGCCCAUUCUAUUUCCUCUUCUCUCUCAACUCUAAUCCCGUGUCGAAGCGCAUCUCGAUCCCCACCGGCCACCGCCUCCGCUCUGGCCGGCCCCGCCGCGACUCCCCGACCGACGGCGCCACCAGCCGCCGCCGCCCUGACGAGGUCGCGGUUGCUAUCGGCGUCUCCCUGCUAGGCCCUCUCCCCGCGGCCAGAGGAGCUCGUGGUUGUGCGCGUGAGGCUCGCUCGGUCCGUGCCCAUGGCUGUGGUGCGCGCCCCCACGUCGUCCGCAUCAGGUGCUAACAGGGACGGAGCAGGUCGGCGCUGCUGUCUUGGAUAACCUGACCCCAUUCCAGUAGAGGUGACACCAUAGCACUCUUUGUGGAGCUUCGUCCCUGGCUGCUAGGCGAAUAAUGCAGAUCAACAUCACAGAAUGCAUCAUGGCAUGGAUUUCUCAUUUGAGCUGUCAUCUUGAACCAUAAUUUGCGGUAGAUGUGGUGGCAGUAAUGAAUUACUCAAAUAUUGCAUCUAUCCCAAACCAAUUUGUCAAACAGGGGUUUACCGUAAACUCUUGCUGGCUGUGUUGUAUAGCUUGAAUGGCCACUAUGAAGAAGCGGUUCGAAGGAAUGAUGUGAGAGCUAUUGUUCUUACAGGAAAGGGAGGGAUAUUUUCUGCUGGACUCGAUUUAAGUGCCUUUGGUGAUAUUCAGAGAAACAAAUCGGAGCAGCUAAAGGUUGCCUACACGUGGGUUGAUGCCAUGACUGAUAUUCUCGAAGAUGCUGGGAAGCCGUCAGUGACUGCUAUUGAUGGCCUUGCUCUUGGUGCAGGAUUAGAAAUUUCCAUGGUAUGCCAAGCACGCAUUUCAACCCCAAAUGCUCAAUUAGGCCUCUCAGAUUUUCAAAUCGGACUAAUACCUGGAUUUGGAGGAACACAGCGACUUCCGCGCCUUGUUGGACUGACAAAAGCACUUGAAAUGUUGAUGCUCUCAAAGCCAAUUAAAGCUGAAGAAGCUCAUGAGCUGGGUCUAGUCGACGACGUUGUUUCACCAAAUGAUUUGUUGAAUGUUGCUCGCCGUUGGGCUUUGGAUAUCUCUGAGUCAAGAAGGCCAUGGGUCCGAGCGCUCUACAAAUCUGACAAGCUUGAAUCCCCUGAGGAGGCCAGAGAGAUCCUCAAUUUUGCCAGAGUUCAGGCUCGAGAGCAGGCUGCCAAUCUUCAGCAUCCACUCGUCUGUAUCGAUGUUAUCGAAGAAGGAAUAAUUUCCGGGCCCCGAGCCGGGCUUCGAAAGGAAUCCAUUGCUUUCCAGGAAUUAUUUUUCUCAGACACAUGCAAAAGCUUGGUCCAUGUGUUUUUUUCACAGCGUGCAACGUCAAAGGUUCCUGGGAUCACAGACUUGGGGUUGAAGCCUCAGAAGGUAUCUAAAGUUGCCGUUGUUGGCGGUGGACUUAUGGGUUCAGGAAUCGCAACCGCGCUGAUACUGAGCCAUUAUCAUGUCAUACUCAAAGAAGUCAAUGAGAAAUAUCUAAGUGAAGGAAUUGAUAGGAUAAAAGGAAACUUGCAGAGUCGUGUAAGUAAAGGGAAAAUGACCGAGGAGAAAUAUGAGAAGACACUCUCACUUCUUACGGGUGUCCUGGAUUAUGAGAAAUUCAAGAACAUGGAUUUAGUUAUUGAGGCAAUUUCAGAGAAUGUGAAGUUGAAGCAGCAGAUUUUUGCUGAACUGGAGCGACACUGUCCUUCCCACUGUUUUCUUGCCACGAACACUUCCACCAUUGAUCUUAACCUAAUCGGAGAGAAGACAAAUUCCCAAGACCGCAUUGUCGGCGCACACUUCUUCACUCCAGCUCAUAUCGUGCCUCUUCUUGAGAUAGUCCGCACCCCUCUUACCUCUCCGCAAGCGGUUCUCACUAUGCUGAAUGUGGGGAAGAAUAUCAAGAAGACACCAAUAGUGGUCGGAAAUUGUACUGGCUUUGCAGUCAAGCGUAUGUUCUAUCCAUACACUCAGGCGGCACUCUUUCUUGUCGACCGUGGAAUGGAUGUUUACAAGAUCGAUCAAGCUUGUACCAAAUUCGGGAUGCCAAUAGGCCCAUUCAGACUGGCAGAUCUGGUUGGCUUUGGUGUUGCUCAAACCACUGGCAUGCAGUACCUUGAUAACUUUCCGGAGAGGGUCUACAAGUCAAUGCUGAUUCCUCUCAUGAUCGGAGACAAAAGGACAGGUGAAGCCUCCGAAAAGGGGUUUUACAAGUAUGACAGUAACAGGAAGGCAAACCCUGAUCCUGAAAUCACGAACUAUGUAGUGGAGUCUAGGAGAAUGGCAGGAACCACACCUGAUCCCGAGUUGCUGAAGUUGGAUGACGGUGCGAUACCAGAGAUAUUGUUCUUCCCGGUUAUCAACGAAGCAUGCCGUGUCCUGGGCGAGAACAUCGCCGUCAAGGCUUCUGACCUUGACAUCGCCUCCAUAUUUGGCAUGGGUUUCCCAUCAUACAGGGGUGGCAUCAUGUACUGGGCGGAUUCCAUCGGCGCAAGGCGCAUCCACACGAAGCUGUCGGAAUGGGAGGUGAAGUAUGGCCAGUUCUUCAAGCCUUGCAAGUACCUGGCAAAAAGGGCAGCUGGAGGUGUUUCUCUGAGCGCACCAGCGAUGAAGACAAUGAACAGGGCCAUAGGCAAGCUGUAGAUUUUUCUAAAAAACUUUUUGCAGUCGGAAAGGUUCCUACUGCUUUCCAUAUUAAGAGACAAAAGAUGUCUGCAGUUACAUGGUUACAUAUUUACAAAAGAUGGGGGUUUGCCUUUGCCCAGAAGUGAAAGAACAACUAUCCAAAGAAAUCAAAGAGUCUGAGAGAAGUGCAAAAUGAAACUAUGCAACUCUUUCUUAGUUCUAUGGACUAAUAGAGCAAAAAUUUCCUUGAA